AUGGCGACUAAUGAACAGCCAGCUGUUGUUCCUCCUGUAAUUCCGCCUACAAAUUCAAAUCAAGGAGGUUUGCAUGCAAUUGAUUACAAUCAUCCACUGUUUUUAAGCCCUUCAGAUGUUACUGGCAUUCAAAUCAUAUAUUUUCAACUAACUGGGAAUGAAAACUAUUCACUGUGGUUUCGAUCUAUGAGAAUGACACUAUUUGGAAGGAAUAAGUUGGGUUUGGUGGAUGGUACAUGCACAAAAGAAAAUUUUCCAGAAAAUCUGUGGAAUUAUUGGGAAAGAGUAAAUGCUAUUGUGCUUUCUUGGUUGAUGAAUUCUGUCAGUGUUGGGCUACUUGGUGGUAUAAUGUAUGCAUCAAGUGCAAAGGUUGUGUGGGACGAUUUGCAUGAAAGAUUUGAUAAAGUGGAUGAUUUGUGGGAGAAAUUUGAAGCACUAGUUCCUGCACCUGGGUGUGACUGUCCAAAAUCAAGAGAGUUUGUUGUUCACUUGCAAAAAUUAAAGCGGUUUCAGUUCUUGAUGGGGCUAAAUGAUUCCUACAGCCAGGCUAGAAGUCAAAUCUUGCUCAUGAGCCCAAUGCCAACGGUUAAUCAAGCAUAUGCCAUGGUGAUUAGUGAUGAGAGCCAGAAACCAGUUGCAGCAAAUGCUGGCCUACUAGGAGCAAAUCCUACAUCUGGAACUAGUCAAUUUGAUAUGGCAAUGUAUACUAAAGCUGGGUGGAAUUAUCAGAAAACUCGAAAAAAUUUCAAUCUAUUCUGUGAUGUGUGCAAAAUGAAAGGGCAUUCUAAAGAAAAUUGCUAUAAGGUUAUAGGCUAUCCUCCAGAAUAUAGACCAAGAAAGAAGAACACAAAUACUUACAGUGCAUAUAAUGUGCUAUCUAAUGUCAGUGUACAGGGUAAUCAAUUUUCUAGAGGAAAUUUGAAUGAGAAUUGUUUACAAAAUUCUCAAUUAACAAGCAGUGUUGUGAGUGCUAAUAAUUCUCAGAAUUUUGGUCAAAUGGCAAAUACACCUUGGAUGGGAUAUUGCACAUUCACAACAGAGCAGUAUGACCAUAUUGUGCAACUGCUGAACAAAGACAAUUCAAAUGCUCCAACACCAUCAGCUAAUGCUGCUUCUACUACAGCAACACCAUUAGCUAAUGCUGCAGGUAUUCCUUGUGCCUUAUUAGCCUCUAAAAGCCUACAAGAAUGGAUCACAGACACUACAAAUCGCAUGGUAGCUGAUAUAGAACUGUUAAAUAAAGUCUCUCUAAUGCAAACAAAUCAGUCAAAGAAAGUACAUUUACCUAAUGGAGAAACUACUCGAGUUACUCAUAUUGGAACUAGUACCUUAACAGAUCAAGAUAUAAUAACUAAUGAACUCUUCAGUGGGAGGGUGAAAGCGAUUGGUAAAGAAGACAGUGGUCUAUACAUUCUCAGUAGACAAAAAUUACCAGGAAAUAAUGCAAUUAGUUUAAACACUAAGGAGACAGAAAUCAGUAAAGAGACUAAUUCAAAUGAUAUUGAACUCUGGCAUAGAAGACUUGGACAUGUGUCUGCUACUGUUCUCAAGAAGCUAUUUUCUACAAAUGCACAAGAUAUAUCUGCUAAAAUAGAUCUAUGUACUAAAUGUCCUUGUGCAAAGCAAACAAGGCAACCCUUUCCUAUCAGUAGUAUAAAAACAACUGCUAGCUUUGAAUUAGUUCACAUGGAUGUAUGGGGUCCUUAUAAAAUUCCUACUAUGGAUGGUAAUAGGUUCUUUCUAACUGUAGUAGAUGAUUUCUCUAGAAUGACAUAG